CGCCAUGAAUUCGCUGGAGCAGGCGGAAGAUCUCAAGGCUUUUGAAAGAAGACUUACUGAAUAUAUUGCAUGUUUGCAACCAGCUACAGGACGUUGGAGAAUGAUUCUUAUAGUGGUAUCAGUCUGCACAGCAACUGGUGCUUGGAACUGGUUAAUAGAUCCUGAGACACAGAAGGUGUCCUUUUUCACAUCACUGUGGAAUCAUCCAUUCUUCACAAUUAGCUGUAUUACUCUAAUAGGCUUGUUCUUUGCUGGCAUACACAAAAGAGUGGUGGCACCAUCAAUCAUAGCAGCCCGAUGUCGAACAGUCUUGGCAGAGUAUAAUAUGUCCUGCGAUGAUACUGGAAAAUUAAUUUUGAAACCUAGGCCCCAUGUUCAAUAAUUGCGAUCUUCCUUCAACUCUAUCCACCGCCAUGGAAAUCAAAAAUGACCUUUUCUGAAGGUAGUGUGGCACAAAAAAGCCAAACAGGACUGGUUUUCAGUUGCCUAGGAGUGAGUCUUAUUUACAGUUGACAGUGAAAGUGUGCAAUAUUACUGUCUGGCAUAUUUGUCUAAAUUCUCUUUUGACUAUCCUCGUGUUAUCAGUGCUUUUGCUACCUUUGAUUACCUCUUUUUCAGUAUUACUGUCACUUUUGUUCUUCAAGUAGAGCAAAACAUGCAGGUGAAGUAUGUUAAUUGGUUACUAAGUUAAACUUGGAAACCAAACCUCGUUUGUUUUUUUAUAAUGUGUUUUUUGCAAACUACUGUAAAUAGCAAAUCAAUGCCAAUGUUAAGCAAAGAGUAAUACAUGCUGUGUGAAUUCUUGUUCUCAUGAACCAGUAUUUAAAGGGAUGCUUAUUUGCCAUUCCCAGAGCUUUUUAUUAAUUACAGUUGUCUUUUUCAUUCCUGGUUACAAUAUUUUUGGAAUCAGCAAACAAAAGAGACUUAAAAGAGAAAUCUAUGGUAUGGGGAAAAAGGUCUUAUUAUGUUUAAGAAUGUUGCAAGUAUGUUAAAGUAUCACUUGUCUAACUACAUGCAGUACUUCGGCCACUUUCACUGUGGUUAUCCUUAAUUCAGUGCUUUCAUCUAAUUCACAGUACAACCUGUUUUUAAUGAUUUUAACUUUUUAAAAACUCUUAAAUAUAUUUUCGUCUUUCAGAUUAUAAAAGUUCUGUACUGUAUCUGAAUUCCAUAAUCACACUGUUUUAAGAGUGGAUUUUAUGCUAUGAUAAUCUGGCCAUGAAACUAGUAUUGCAAAUAUUUAACUUUGGAUUCAAAUAAUUUGAUAACGGAAAUAUAUGAUCAGUGCCACAAAUAAAUUAAUAAAACUCUCUAAAGUGUUAAGAGAAACUAAGUGUGGCUGUUAUGUAUACACAGUACAAUAGUUCUUGAAAUAUUUACAAUAAUCAUAACAAUUUAAUUUUAAGUGUUCAAGGUGCCUUUUUACCUGUUUCAGAUUUUUUUAAAUUUAAUUGAGCAUAAGUCAGCAUAAAACACAAAGCUAUUGCCGGCACAGUAACCUCUCACUACAGAUAAGACUAGCAAGGCUGCCUCUUAAAGUGAGCAUAGUUUGACUUUCAUUUAUGUUAAAUUUUCACUCAAUUGAGGCAAUAAAAUCCUUUGCUCCUAAAGUCUCUUCCAGAGGUUUUGUACUUCUGUCCUUCCAUUGUUUUUAACUGAUGUAAAUUUUGUAGGUAAAUAUGUGCAUUAAAUAAAUACUUUAUAUAUAAUAGUAUGUUUGGGGGUUUUUUGUAUUGUAAAUUGACAAAUGUGCAGAUAUAGGUGACAAAAGCUAAACAGUUAUGUACUUUAGUUAUGAACAGCUGAAGACUCCAGUCACGGAAGUAUGGCUUUUGUUUUUUUGUGAAGUGUCAUGUUUGUUGUUCUGGAUAUUGAUGUCACCAAAAUAGGGACAGCAUGGAAAGCAGCAGCCCAUAGUCCCUCUACAAUAAUCCACCAGUCUACCUCAACCCUGUUCCAGGCACCUUCUCAUGCCUAGAGCAGGUAUUGUCUCUAUCUCCAUUCAGGGUUUGUCUACACUGGCAAUUAACAGUGCUGCAACUUUCUUGCUCAGGGGUGUGAAAAAACAGCCCUCAGAGCACAGCAAGUUGCAGCUCUGUAAAGCGUCCGUGUAGACAGUGCCCCAGCUCUGGGAGCUGCGCCCCUCGUUGAGAUGUGUUUUUUUUGUUUUUUUUUUUUUUUAGCACCGCUACCACACAAGCAACAUUAAAGUGCUGCUGCUUUAGAUGGAAACUACUUUUAGUCCCUUCCAAACUGGUCUGGAUUUGGACUAAUGAUCUACAGGUCAUCCAGCUUCCUUGUAAUGCCUAAAUCAGUGGCUCUCAACCUUUUCAGAAUGUUGUACCCCUUUCAGGAGUCUGAUUUGUCUUGUAUACCCCCAAGUUUCACCUCACUUAAAAACUACUUGCUUACCAAAUCAGACGUAAAAAUACAAAAGUGUCACAGCACAUUAUUACUGGAAAAUUAUUUCUCAUUUUUACCAUAUAAUUAUAAAAUAAAUCUGUUGGAAUAUAAAUAGUGUACUUACAUUUCAGUGUAUAAUAUGUAGCGCAGUAUAAACAAGUCAUUGAGCGACAUAAGUUAUACUGAUCUAAGCGCUAUGUCAGCGGGAGAGCUUAAGUGAGGUUUUUACCCAUGAAAGCUUAUGCCCAAAUAAAUCUGUUAGUUUUUAAGGUGCCACCAGACUCCUUGUUGUUUUUGUAGAUACAGACUAACACGGCUACCCCCUGAUACUUGAUAUCCUGCGCCACUGUAAGUGCUGUAGUGUAGACCAUAGCCAAGCUUAUACAGAGGUCUUCAGGUCUGGGAAAUGUCACAGCUAAAUACAGGUGGAACCGAUUGUUUAGCAUAAAUAGUUAGCACAUUCAAGGGCCAUUCAAGGUGAAGUGGCUUGUUAACACCGGUCCAGUCAUGGGAAGGGAGUGCAGAAAGGUAGGGGGGAGCCAGUUUUGGGGGUUGUUAGUGUUUGUUGUAAGAAGCCAUAAAUCCAGUGUCUCGGUUCAGUCCAUGAUUUUUAGCAUCUAGCAAAGUUAUGAAUUUAUCUCCCAGGUUCAUCGCUUGACAAUGUUGUGAAGGUUUCCAUUGAGGAUGAGGACUUGAUGGGUCAGUUACAGAGUGAUGGCUUUGUGAAAUGUUCAUCCACAGGUGAUUAAAGCUUUGUUUACACUACAGCUUAUGUCUGUAUAAUUUAUAUCAGUUGGGGGGUGUAUGAAUAAAUCACCCACCUUGAAUGACUAAGGCUAUGUCUACACUGGCAAUUGAAUGACAAAACUUUGUCUUUCAGAGGUGUUAACUCCCCCCUUCUCCCCCAAAGACAAAAGUUUUGCCACGACAAGCGCCAGUGUAAACAGCGCAUUGUCAGCAGGAGAGCAAACACAAAUGCCGCUCUUUGCGGGUGGAAGUUUUUUGUUGGCAGGAGCUGUGUAGUGUAGACAAAGCUCUGAGUCUACAUCUACGCUACGGGGGGGGGGUGGGGUGUCGAUUUAAGAUACGCAAAUUCAGCUAUGCGAAUAGCGUAGCUGAAUUCGACGUAUCGCAGCCGACUUACCCCGCUGUAGGGACGGCGGCAAAAUCUACCUCUGCAGCUUCCCGUCGACGGCGCUUACUCCCACCUCCGCUGGUGGAGUAAGAGCGUCGAUUCGGGGAUCGAUUGUCGCGUCCCGAUGGGACGCGAUAAAUCAAUCCCUGAGAGGUCGAUUUCUACCCGAUUCAGGUGGGUAGUGUAGACCCAGCCUGAGUUACACUGACAUAAGCACCGGUGUGGACAGCACUAUGUUGGUGGGAGAGCUUCUCCCGCUGACAUAGCUACAGCCGCUCAUGGGGACCACAGUAAAGUCGAUGGGAGGGCACUCGCCCAUUGGCUUAGAGCAGCUACAUUAGUGCAGCUGUAAAGUGCCCAAGGUGUUUUUUUGGUCGUUCAUCACUUUCCUGUGUGAAUUCAUUCAAGAGUUUACUGAUUGGUUUUGAUGAGAUACACCACUACGGGCCACUUGGCCUGGAAUGGCCCUUGAAAUGUGUUAACUACUUAUGUUAAACAAUCUGUUCCACCUUGUAUUUAGUGGUGACAUAGAAGGCAUGUCUACAUUUAAAACUGUUGGUGCAGCUGCACCACCGUAGCGCUUUAAUGGAGAUACUCCAGGUUGAUGGGAGAGAACUCUUGUUGCCAUAGUUAAUCCACCUCCUGGAGCAGCAGUAGCUAUGUCUGCAGGAGAAGCUCUCUUGUUGACAAAGCAUUGUCAAUAUGGGGGGUUAGUUAUACCAAGCUAUGUCGCUCAGGGGUGUGGAUUUUUCACAUGCCUGAGUGACAGUUAUACCAAUAUAGGUCGGUAGUGUAAACCAGAUCUGAGGAGGAGCGUUGUGUAAGUUCGACAGCUUGUCUCUCACGAAUAGAAGUUGGUCCAAUAAAAGAAGUUACCUCCCCCACCUUUUAUCUCUAAUAUCCUGGGACCAACCUGGCUACACCAACACUGCAUAUAACUAUGACAGAUAACUUUCACAAGGCUGCAAAAAAUAAAACCAGUGUGCCACAUGUAAAAGGCAAGGAUAAUAGUUCUGGAUAAUUUAGGAAGAAUCUGCCUAGGCUGUGUCAGAAUCUGGAUAUUUUUAUUUCCUAUUGGGUGCUGCUCCACGCUGUGGUUCCAGUGUUGGAUACAACACAAGGACAGUACUUUAAUAAUCUAAUAAAUACUUUUGAAUUAAUCUGCCUUUGCUGCUGUUGUACAGAAUUUUAAAGAAAAUACCCUCCUUUAAGUCCUGCCCUGGUCUCCAUUAUUCUAUAACAGCCCGUAGUAAAUAUGCAGCUAAGUGUUAGGGACAGAUUAAAAAAAGCAUCCAAAUAAUUUGUAUCUGAUGUUGCAAUGGUUUAUGUGCAUAUUUUGUAGCUGUAUUAUGUAGCAAACUGUCCAUUGAAUAAAAUAUCACA